AGAAGAAACAAUCGAAGUCUCUCUCUCUCUCUCUCUCUCUCUCUAAUCUGAAUGGUAUUCUUCAAUGGAUUACAGCAGAUGGGCUGAAAUGCAACAUCAUCAACCAUCAAACCCUAAUCCAUCAUCAGCAGACCCUUAUGCUAGAUUGUACGAUGCAGAGCAGUCUUACUCCUACGCUCAUUACCCAUACCACCCGCACCAAACCCAUAACCUUAACUUAGCAGAACCUCAGACGCUUCUGAGAAAUCACGAAAUUUCGUCUGCCCAAUACGAAGUUGGCCCUGAAGCUGGCCUUCGUCCUCCAGGAAUCGACUCCUAUGCUGCCAUUAAUUCGUACCGUCCUCCUCCUCCUACCCAUGUGGGUUUGGAACGCCAGGCGGCCGUCACGUAUGGUCACCAUGCGGUUCAGAUGGGUGCAUUGACUGCUGCAGCUUAUCAUCAGGAAACAGGUGCUGCCGUGCAUAAUUGGGCUGCCAAGGAGGCUAUUCGGCAGUUUGGAGAGGAUCCUGUCAGCUACGCCGCUGCUGCCUUAAGACCUACAUACAGGACAGAGCCAUUGCAUGCAGCAAAUCGCAAUUCCUUUGGUUGGAGCAAGCCAAAGACGCGUCCUGCUUUGAAUGGCACCUGGAAGAAGGGUAUGCAGAAAACCAAAAUCGUGCAGUCUGCGUGGUGUGAAAUCUGCAAGGUCGACUGUAACACCAAGGAUGUGUUGGACCAACACAAACUGGGAAAGAAGCACAAGAAGAACCUCGAGAAACUAGGAGAAUCAAAGAAGGAAAUGAAUGCCCCAGCGGCUACAGCAACACCAGCAGCAAAGGAUCCUGGGCGAAAAGAAAACCGAGCAGCUGACAAGGGCAAGACUCUUAGUGUGCAACAGGGUAAAAAGAAGGGAGCGCCAUCUUUGGAGACCGGGGAGGAUCUGGAGACAAAAAGGAGGAAAGUAAUGGAAGGUGGGGCAGCAGCUGAUGCAGUGAGGGUGUGCACAAUAUGCAAUGUGGUGUGUAAUAGCCAGGUGGUCUUUGAUUACCAUUUGGCAGGGCAAAAGCAUGCUAAUCUGGUGAAGAAACAGUCAGCAUUAGCUGGAACAGCGAAGCCUGAUCCUUGAAUGGUUACUGCUGCCUAGAAGAUGAACUGCCCUGAAAGAAAAGG